CGCCCGGCGCAGCCGCCGAGCCUGAGGCGAGCGCAGCCUCUUGCCCGCCGCCCGCAGCCUCGUCCCCGCCGCCGCCGCCGCCGCCCCCGGGGCAUGGCCUGUCUGACGGCCGCUUUCUCGGUCGGCACCGCCAUGCUUUUUGUUAGAAACAAUAACAAUCAAAACGCCAUCAACGUUAAAGAAAUACCUCACAACCUGUGGAAAACUAACAGUAUGAUGUUAUUUAGAACAAGUAGCAGCCUGGCAGUGUCUCCCCAGCCCUGCGGCCAUCAGAAGGGCCUGAGUUAUCCAAGGUGGUUCCCAGUCCACGGGCUCUCCGGAUCAGGCUGGCUGCCUUCAACAAAUGGCAGCAGUUACUCCGCAGCAAUGACAGAGCCCAAGUCGGUGUGCGUCUCUGUGGACGAGGUGGUCUCCAGCAACAGGGAGGUCAUGGAGACGGAGCUGCUGAACGGACAUCUGAAGAAAGAGGACAACAGUCUCACAGAGGCCCAGCGCCUCUCCUCCCUGCCGCGGAGGGCGGCCGUGAACAUCGAAUUCAAGGACCUUUCCUACUCGGUCCCAGAAGGCCCCUGGUGGAGGAAGAAAGGAUACAAGACCCUUCUGAAAGGAAUUUCUGGGAAAUUCAACAGUGGAGAGCUGGUGGCCAUCAUGGGUCCUUCCGGGGCUGGGAAGUCCACGUUCAUGAACAUCCUGGCCGGAUACAGGGAGACUGGGAUGAAGGGCGAGGUCCUCAUCAACGGCCUCCCGCGGGACCUACGCUGCUUCCGGAAGGUGUCCUGUUACAUCAUGCAGGACGACAUGCUGCUGCCACACCUGACCGUGCAGGAGGCCAUGAUGGUGUCUGCGCAUCUGAAACUCCAAGAGAAGGACAAAGGCAGAAGGGAGAUGGUCAAGGAGAUCCUGACGGCCCUGGGCCUGCUGUCUUGCACCGACACGCGGACCGGCAGCCUCUCGGGCGGCCAGAGGAAGCGCCUGGCCAUCGCGCUGGAGCUGGUGAACAACCCCCCGGUCAUGUUCUUCGAUGAGCCCACCAGCGGCCUGGACAGCGCCUCCUGCUUCCAGGUGGUCUCCCUGAUGAAGGGGCUGGCUCAGGGGGGGCGGUCCGUCAUCUGCACCAUCCACCAGCCCAGCGCCAAGCUCUUUGAGCUCUUCGACCAGCUUUAUGUCCUCAGCCAAGGACAGUGUGUGUACCGGGGAAAAGUCUCAAAUCUUGUACCGUAUUUGAGGGAUUUAGGUCUGAAUUGCCCAACCUACCACAACCCGGCCGAUUUUGUCAUGGAAGUCGCGUCCGGUGAAUAUGGCGAUCAGAACAGCCGCCUGGUGAGAGCCGUCCGGGAGAGCAUGUGUGACUCUGACUACAGGAGAGAGCCCGGAGGCGGUGGCGAGGUGAACCCUUUUCUUUGGCACCGGCCCUCUGAAGAGGUAAAGCAGGCAAAACGAUUGAAGGGGUGGAGAAAGGACUCCACUUCCAUGGAAGGCUGUCACAGCUUCUCUGCCAGCUGCCUCACCCAGUUCUGCAUCCUCUUCAAGAGGACUUUCCUCAGCAUCAUGAGGGAUUCGGUCCUGACGCACCUGCGGAUCACUUCCCACAUCGGCAUCGGCCUCCUCAUCGGGCUGCUCUACCUGGGGAUCGGGAACGAAGCCAAGAAGGUCCUGAGCAACUCGGGCUUCCUCUUCUUCUCCAUGCUCUUCCUCAUGUUCGCAGCGCUGAUGCCCACCGUCCUCACGUUUCCCCUGGAGAUGGGAGUGUUUCUUCGAGAACACCUGAAUUACUGGUACAGCCUGAAGGCCUACUACCUGGCCAAGACCAUGGCUGACGUGCCCUUUCAGAUCCUGUUCCCCGUGGCCUACUGCAGCAUCGUGUACUGGAUGACGUCCCAGCCGUCCGACGCCGUGCGCUUCGUCCUCUUCGCGGCCCUGGGCACCAUGACGUCGCUGGUGGCGCAGUCUCUGGGCCUGCUGAUCGGAGCCGCCUCCACAUCCCUGCAGGUGGCAACGUUCGUGGGCCCCGUGACAGCCAUCCCCGUCCUCCUCUUCUCAGGAUUCUUCGUCAGCUUCGAUACGAUCCCCACCUACCUGCAGUGGAUGUCCUACAUCUCCUAUGUCAGGUAUGGGUUUGAAGGGGUCAUCCUCUCCAUCUAUGGCCUCGACCGGGAGGACCUGCACUGUGACAUCGACGACACGUGCCACUUCCAGAAGUCGGAGGCCAUUCUCAGAGAGCUGGACGUGGAGAACGCCAAGCUCUACCUAGACUUCAUCGUCCUGGGGAUUUUCUUCAUCUCCCUGCGUCUCAUUGCCUACUUUGUGCUGAGAUACAAAAUCCGGGCAGAGAGGUAAAGCACUGGAAAGCCAGGGAGAGGAAAAUCGGACACAGUGGCCGAGGGCCACUUGCAGAAACUUGCGGCAAGCCCGGGCCCGAGGACACAGACACUCCUGUGACCCAACCCCUGGGACCACGUUUGGUUGUUGGGCGGCCAGUGCUGGACAUCGCCGCCCCGCUGGGUUGGGCCUUCUCUCCAUUACCCUUUCUAGCUGUAACUAAGAAGAAGAUGUAGAAAGGUUUUUUUUUCCACGUGCAGGAUUUUAAAAUACCACCCCUGAGGCAGAAUUUAAAAUUGCAACAAAGCUGGUGAUGAGAGGGUUCCUCGGCAAAGUUCUUCCUUCUGACCAGGGAGCUCUGGUCCUGGACGGGGGAUUCGGGCGGUUUCCUGGGGAUCCCCGUGCAGUCAGACGCCCGGGGGCAGAAAGGCGGAGCCAGGAGCAAUUCCGCUCUGUGACUGGUGUUUUCGUAGUUUCACCUUUCUACGGUUUGUCUCUUUUUCCAAUGAGGUCAUUUUCCAAGCCAAAAGUCGACAAAUUUCAUUCACUUCCAGAAACUGUACCUUUUUAGUACUUGGUGAAGAAAAUUAUUCAGGGUAAACAUACUUUGUUUAGAGAUGAGAGGAGUUUGACUGGAUCUCUGAGCUGGUCUCAUUUACAGACAGAACUUGGGAAAGACGCAGAAGCCGGCUCCAGGUUGAAGGAUGGCCUUGGAACCGUACGCGCUAAGCCAUGUGGAAAUCUUUUAAAGUUACACAGAAGGUUGUAGGGUGAAAGUGGCCAUCUCUUUCAAAGUCUUUUAUUUUCCCCGUGCUUCUUAUUUUAAGCAAAAUAUAUUGGGGUUUUUUUCUUCCUAACUUUCCAAGCACCUUAAUUUUGCCUAAAAGAAAAAAUUCUAGAAAAUCAACCCUGUUGAUUUUUUACAAACAUUUCUCUUCCCUGACAUAUCACAUCAACUACCUCCACUGAACCUGGGGAAGCUGGGCUUAGAGAGACUCCAGGUGUGAACGUUGCCGUAUCUGCGGGUGUAGCCUGCAAAA